AUGCCCUGCGACGCCGUUGAAGUGAGCGGGUGGAGUGCGUCUCGCAGGGUGUCCCUGGACCCAUGGGAUUACUAUGCGCUGACAUACACGGACUUCUUUUCCUUUGUCGUUGGGCUUAUUGGACGUCCCGUCAUUAGUCGCUUCUUUACGCCAGAUGAGGCUUUCUGGAAUACACCUGCAGAGGUUCCUGGAAUACAGUCCACGAUUAAAAUAGGACACGACAAAUAUGGGCUCCCCUACUUGACUGCAUCCAGCCAGAGGCCCGCGCAAAUCGAACUAUUGAGAUUAGUGGCGACGGGAAAGUCUGCAGCCGUCCUUGGAGCUUCAAUGACCGACACUGACAUGAUUACCAGGACCGUAAUAUCCGAGGAGGCACUUUUGUGGAAGCUACGAAAACUGCCGCGUCACGGCGUGGCUUGCUUAAUUGCUUACUCUCGAGGCAAGCCAAGGCUAAGUCACAAGCUGCAAGAUCCUAGGCUGCUCCUUUCCGGGGAGCAUUAUUUUGACUUCCUCACUGCACCGUGCAGAGCCCUUAUGAGGGGACUGACGAGGGACUUUGUGCGAGUCCACCUCAAAGAGUCACUGGGCGACAAAUGGAAGUUGUUCGAUUUCGGCUUUCCUGAGGGGGUUCCCCCUCUCAAUCCUGAAGGCAGCGGCCCCAGUCUCUACGACCUCGAGGGCAAGCCAGUUGCAUUCCCUUCAGUAGAAUUAAAGGACACCGAAUGGUCAACCAGAGGCCCCUCGGCGUUCCCAGAAAUAACAGAAGGGCCCCACUCCCUCAAUCCGGAAUUUGGAGGUCCCAUGCACGACAGAGAUCCCAGUCCCAAAAUGACACCAGAGCGCAUGCACCAGUUCAAAGAGGACAUGCAGAGAGCGGAGGAUUUUUAUGACCUGAAGCACCCAAAGCCGUGGACCACAGAGCAACAGCCACAGCACUCCAACACCUUCAGUCUCAAAGUGGACGGCAGCAACGGUUGGGCCGUAUCGGGCAAACUUACAAAGACGGGAAUGCCUCUUUUGGCUGGCGAUCCCCAUGUUGAAGUUAAUGCCCCAGGAUUUUGGAUGCCAAUGUGGCUGAAGUCGGACGGCAAGCUAGACGGCUUGCCUGUUCGCGGCGUGGGCGCCACCGCGGUGGGGACUACAGGCAUGUUCAUAGGUCACAACGACUACGCUGCCUGGACCCAGACAGUGGCACACACUGACAUAGAGGAUCUCUUCUUAGUAGAGCUAAAUGAAGAGGGGACCCACUACUACUAUGGCGGCAAACAGUACCCGCUGAAGUUCAUCGAACACAACAUCUAUGUUAAAGGGCGCCCAAACCCUAUUCGUCAUAUAUCUCGUUACAGCCAUCACGGUCCUCUGUUCUCUGAUGCUGUCCCUCCUCUUCGCAAGCGCAUUGGAAAAAACCAGGCGCUUGUUCUUGCUUCCGUGGCAUUGCGUGCCCCGCUGCCUGUGGCUUGGGCUGAAAAGAUGCUCUUUGGGAAGGAGUGGAAAGACUACAUCGAAAUGGGACAGCAUGCCCAGAUGAACGAGUUUGUUUGCAUCUGGGCAACGAAGGAUGGUGCUAUAGGCGCGUCUGUGACGGGAGCAGUGCCUGUGAGGCCUUUCUCCACUAUUCCUCAAUUUAGGGAUGGGUCAGACCCAAAACAAGACUGGAAGGGAGUGCUCCCUCAAGAACAAAUUCCGUUUGUGAUGAACCCCAAAAGCGGAAUUAUCGUUGCGGGGAAUUCAGUGCUCGCGGAUGACCCGAAAAGACUUUUCGGAGAAGUGUUUGUUCCAGGACAUCGAGUCCGUCGCGCGCAUCAGUUGCUGGCUGAUCUGAAGAGCAAAAAAGAGAUAGAAAUUCAGGAUCUCAUCAAGAUGCAGGAGGAUCAGUACAGCGAACACGGAUGCGAGUUUAAGGAUUUUGUCUUGAAGGAAUUCCUCCAUCGAUUUGAUCUUAAAAAUGAUCAGGAGGAGGCCACUGCCCUUUGCGCGGACGAGGGCCUCACUCCCUAUGUGGCUAGAUUGCUAACAGCUGCCAUGGAAUCUUGGGACUGCUCUAUGAAUGCCACUUCGCACGGGGCCUCAAUUUACGAAGUUUGGCUCCAAAUGGUUUUGCAAGGAGUUUUUGCUGCCAACAACUGGAGUGAUGAGGCGCUUUUCUCGCUAGUCGAAUCCGGUUUACUCCCCGCGGAAUACCCUCUGUCGCGUUUGCUCUGCAAGUCGGCGACUGAUACUGUGAAGUAUCUAAUGGGACGGCUGGGCCCUGAUGUGAAGGACUGGCAUUGGGGGAAACUUCGCAGUCGCUAUAUCGACCAUCUUUUCGUCAGAGAUGCGCCCGCCCUUAGACACCUGUUAAGUGUUGGGCCACUAAAGUGGGGAGGAAACUUCGGCACGCUCAAAGCUCAUCACUUCGAACCGCACAUUCUUAAGGCCGAUGAUCCACUGACUGGAAACUUCCAUCGAGGAAUCGACACAACUUCUCUCAGAGUAGUGUUCGACUUGAGCAACUGGGAGAAUUCUCUCUGGGCCUACUACCCAGGUGUCUCGGGCUGGCCCGGCAGCAAACACUAUGGAGAUACAGCUGAACUGCUUGAGGAUGGGAAAGAAAAGCUGAUGCCGAUUCCGUGGGAUGAAGAGAAGAUUGAAGCGUCGCUUAUAGCUACGAAGAUUCUAAGCCCCAAGCAAGAGCGGCAGCAGGCACCACAGCGGAGCCAGCAGCCUCCGCGGCAGCAGCAGCAGAAGCAAGAGUUUUAA